AUGAAAAAGAAAAAGAGAGAAAGCAAGAGUGAGUGUGCUAGAGAGAAAAAGAAAGAAGCAUCUUCAGCUGAAGGGAGAGAAGUACCAUAUCCUUUUGUACCUUCUAGGAAAGACAAAGAAAGACAUCUAGCUAGAUUUCUGGAUAUCUUCAAGAAGCUAGAAAUUACCAUGCCCUUUGGAGAAGCUCUACAGCAGAUGCCACUCUAUGCUAAAUUUCUAAAAGACAUGCUAACUAGGAAGAACAAGUACAUCUAUAGUGACAACAUCAUUGUGGAAGGAAAUUGUAGUGUCGGAAUUCAAUGUAUCCUUCCACCAAAACAUAAGGAUCUAGGCAGUGUCACUAAUCCUUGUUCUAUAGGUGAAGUUUCUGUUGGCAAAGCUCUUAUUGAUUUGGGAGCCACUAUUAAUUUGAUGCUGCUUUCCAUGUGCCGGAGACUUGGAGAGUUGGAGAUAAUGCCUACUAGGAUGACUUUACAGUUAGCAUAUCACUCCAUCACCAGACCUUAUGGAGUGAUUGAGGAUGUUCUGGUUCGGGUCAAGCAUCUUAUCUUUCCUACUAACUUCGUUGUAAUGGACGUUGAGGAAGAUGUAGAUAUUCCCUUAAUUUUGGGACGUCCAUUUAUGUCUAUUGCAAGCUGUGUAGUGGACAUGGGGAAGAAAAAGUUAGAAAUGGGUAUUGAAGACCAACAGAUCAACUUUGAUCUAUUUAAUGACGAAAGAAAAAUGCUGGACUAG